AUGGCCCCAGUGGAGCUUUGGAUCAGCGCCGAGCGCACCACAUUAGAGCUGCCGGACGUGAAUGUAGAAACGCUCCGCGAAGCUCUGGCCAAAGAGCAUGGCAUCCCGGCCCAUUGUCAGCUCUUAUCUUCUGAUGGUCGACCUUUCCUGGAGAGCAAGGGACCACUCCCUGCCGACCCGCUGCACGUGCAGGACUUGGGGCGACUUCGGCCGAAGAGGUCGGAUGGUAAGCUGGCAGAGGUCCAGCGCGUGGAGAAGACGGAGGAGCGUGGCAUCGCCCUGCAGCAGCUGAAGGCGCUGCUGGCUUUCGUUCAAGCCACCGCCGCCGAGGAGAAGCCACGCCUCCACCUCUGUGGUCAGAGCCUGUGGCUUGAGGAGCUGCUCCCAUGGAAGGGCAUGGAUGGUAUGCUGGCGAUUAGCUUCAAUCCACAACCGAAGCGGUCUCGUCGCAAGACGCUCAAUGGUUUCUACAAGAUCAGAUGCAGUCAGACACCGAGCGAGAAUCAGACUUUGUUCCCGGAUGGCCAAAGACUCACCAUUUCGAAGUCCAGACUCCGAUCCAAGCGCUGCGUCCCAAUUCCCCACUCCUAG